UUAAGUGUAUGUUCUGUGCUAAAAGAUUCGGUUCGCUUUGAGUUGCACGGUGAUUAUAUAAUUUUCGAUUAUUGGCCGCGGAUUUGCUGAAAUAAUUCAACUCUCCAAUUUAGGUUCAUAAUUCGUCUAAUUUGAUCCUCCGGAUUUAUUGCAAUCAAACGUGAAGUGUGUUUAUUAAAUAGUGAAAAUGUUUUCAUCUGCUUGCUUAACAAUUUUCGUUGCCAUUUGCUGCCAGCCACAGUUAAUCUCUGGCCAACGCUACAAUGGAUAUAGUUAUGCAGUUAAUAUUGGAAAUUUACUCAACACUCAACUGGGAAACAACAUUGGGAAUGUUUUCUACCCGUACGAUCUCGGCGCAGAUCGGCGCGUUGAUUCGUUUAAUUCCUUUAAGGGAAAUGUCUAUAGCGAUCAGCUGGACAUCAUCUCAAAAAAUUUGAACUAUAUGAAAGCGGGAGCAAACAAGCCGCUCGGCUCACACACUCACCCAGGUCGCUGUCCAGUCACCCGCAAUCAACGAAAUAUUGAUGUUCGCAGGUUGAUGGGUUUCUGGUACAUCCUGGAGCGAUCAAACAGUCUAGUUCCCGUUGAUUUCUGCACCACCACCAACUUCACCUACAUUUACGACAAUGUAUUUCAAUUCAUUGACGGCAGCCAACAUUACAACGACAGACACCCUCUCUUCAAGCCGCAGAUUGGCCUCUGCUUGUUCAACACUGACUACAAAAUCUCGGCGACUAUGAACUGCUCAAUUGAAACUUUGCCCGGCAACCCGCAGUUCGACAUCCACAUACUGUCCACCGAUUACGACACUUACUGUAUGAUGUAUGUCUGUCAAAAUAAUGAUGACGGAACUUACACCGACCUUGCCUCCCUCUUCUCCCGAACUUCGUACCUCACCGAGGCAUCGCGACGUUAUCUCCGCCAAAUCACUUGCAAUAACGUCGGCCACUGCGUCCAGAUGGAUAUUCUAGAUCACAACGCGCAGUGCGGCAAGAUUUCUAGCGAAGACGAUUUCAACGACGACUUCGACGACAAGGUUGAUUCCAUCACAUGGUCGUAAUUAAAGUAAAAGGAGCAAAAAGCUGUUUAUAGCUAAGAGGUCGCUUAAUGAUUAACUUUAUAAUUAUUAAUAUUACAAUGUUACAACACCAGAUGUACAACAAUGUACAGCAAUGUACAACGACAGAGAGAGAUAAUUGUUUUCUUGUAAUUGAUUCUCUUGUCAGAUGUAUAACACCUUCACGCAAUUAUAUUUAACUUAUAUUGAUUCGAAUCUCUAAACAAAUUUAUUACAAUCGUUAGUAAUUUAAACUCAACGUUGACAUUGACAUUUCCAAAAUUUCCGCAUUAUCGUCGACACAAUUGUUAUUCAUAUAGGUACUUAGUUAUAUUAUUGAUUAAUUACUUCCGUUAAGGGCUCAAUACGACUUUGUUCCGAGUCACAUUCUUACAUUGAAUUAGGAGAUGUGGAAUGUCGAUGAUGUGGAUUUAUAAAUGCGUUUCUUGUUUAGAUCAAACAUGCGAAUUAUUUAUACGGUCGAUUGUGAGUGUUUCUUUCUUUUUCUUAUUAAUCGAUGACUUGCAAUGUUUCGAGUUGCGUUAAGGUAUUUUUCACGUGGUUACUGGGAAGGAACGGGUUGGCUCAGUGGUAACGUACUAGCCAUCCACCAAGAAAACCCUGGUUCGUGCAAUCCCAGAGAAGGAAAAUUCUAUAUAUGAUUUUUCUUCAAAGUUUAGCAUGAAAGUAACGUUCCUAGGUGUACCCAAGCUUCAAAAUUUGGGUAGUUGCGGUUUUUGGUGCCCUCAACGAACUGUACUCAUUAGAAUGACAUGUAUGACGACACCCAUUCACGAUGAAUUCUGUGUACAAAUACCUGAGUCUAACUUAAGGCGGAGAUCCAAUUAGCAUCAGAUAAAAAAUAAGACUAUGAUUUGCUGACUUGCAGGCGUGGUUCGGAAUUCACGUAAAGAAUGUGGUCCACACUUACCCACGUGGUGGUCAUUGGCUAAAUACAGAGAAGUGGAUAGUAAAAAGUUAGAAUCUUCUUGAAGCUCCUUCCAAAAUGUGCAAUUCUCUUUCGACAUCACUCCAAAAUGAGUGAUUCUUUCUCCAGACGCUUCUUGAUGUUGAACACCAAUGGAUGCACCAACCACCAAUUCAUUGCAUACUUUUUGUUUAUGUUUCUUCUUUUCAUAUAAUGUUAUAAUAUUUGGCUUAACAUUGCAUGAAAUAUGGAAAUAUGAAAGAAAACGAAUAAUAAUUUAACGCUCGAAUUGACUCAUUACACAGUCUGCUGUUGGACGGCGAAAUUCAUACAAGUGAUUUUCGUUAUUACAGCAUUGAUUAAUAUGAAAGUGUUUUUCGUUAAUGCAUAAAUUAUAAAUGGCAGUUUCCACGCUCAGUGAGAAUUCACAAUUUGUACUAACACACAUAGGGACAGUAGUACUAGUGUUCAAAAUAUACAUUCGUAGCACAUUUUUUU